AUGCCGAUCCGAUUUUCCCAAGCACUCAAGCAGCCUGGCUUCUUCUACCAUGGCGCAGCCUUUGGCGGAAACACCGAUGUAACCGAGGCCGUUUACAACAUCUUCAUCGGAACCGACCGCCAACAGAUAUCCCCUGACGUGGCCCGGGAGCGAGUCAACCAGCGCGUCAAGUCUCUGUUUGAGACCUGCCUGGGCUAUCGCGAUCUCUACGUCGCCGUCCGAGGUAGCGACCUCUUCUGGAAGACAGUGGCCGUAAACUACCUGGGUAGUUCUGACGACCUUGGCUGGGAACAUGCAAGAAUGCUCGUCCACUUCUACGCCCGAGCCCGCCAAACCUACAUAGGUCCCCCAGUCCACACGGGUCUGACGCAGACUGUCGACAUCUUUAUUCGACUCGGUGAAGAGACGUCACAGAUGGCGCAGUCCUCGGGCCAGCUCAACCUAGCCGUUCGGUCUCAGCCGACGGACAUCAACGAGAUGUCCAGGGCUCUGUCAAACCCAAGCCCUUCCAACACUGCCCGUUCCGUUGCGUCGAUUAUCGUUCCAGUCCUCUCGACUGCCGCGUGGCCGCCUUUCUAUUUCGGAGAGAAAGACCUCGUCUUCCUUGUCUACAAGCCGGUUCGCCAAGCUCUCCACGGCAUCACACCCGCCGCCGCCGCCGACAGCUCCAGACUGCCAGCCAGACCGCAUAAGCGAUCCUCUGCCAUCGACCUCCGAGUCUUCCUCGGAUAUAUAUCCUUGACAAUGUACAACAUUGGCAGCCCAUGGGCUCUCUACCUGGCCCCGGUCGCGUUCCUAGACAACCCCACGCGGCAGAAGUGGUACUUCCACACCGCCAAGCAGUCCAAGAUGUUCGGCACACUCGACCAGUUCCUCGAGUACUCGUGGUCGAGCAUCCUCGCCGGCAAGGACCUGGCGCUGGGCAUGCUGACGCCGUGGUUCGCCUCCCAGGCCCAGCUCGGCACGGUCGGCGGCUCCGCGGCCUGGGCGGAGCACGACAUGGCCGCGCGCACCGGCAUGGCCCUGGUCCUGCGCAAGACGGGCCCCCCUGACCGCCCGCGGGUCCAGGUCGUCCUCUUCGACCCGUGGAAGAACUACCCGCCCGCCGCCAACGAGGCAGCCCGACUGCACGGACAAGCGAUUUUCGGCUUCCGCGAGGCGGUCAUCGACCGGGUCAAGGCGUCGACCAGCGCGCUGGGACAGGCUCCCACGCUGGAGGGCUGGUGGGGAGGUCGCCUUUCGUACGGCGUGGCCGACGAUGCCGACUCAGUCGGCAUCACGGCGUUGUGGAUCGAUGAGAUCCUGCAGGGAGUGGACGUGCUCCCGCCGAGCCGUGCCAUCCCGGAGAUCGAACGGGACGAGGAGAAGCGCUGGAGCGAUCGCGGCUUCGAGCGGAUCCCCAGCUUGGAGGAGGACUGA